AUCAAAAAUUCAAAAAGCAAACGGCAAAAAAUCUAGAGGGAGAAAGAAAGGGGAAAAUUCUAGAUUGGAAAUUACCACAAAUAAAAAAAAGAAAAAGGAAAGGAUGAGGAGAACGGAAUGGAAAGCGAAAUCCGUGAGGAAACCGCUGAGAGAUGUAUCGAAUAACAAUAGUACAAGGAGUUUCUCCAAAUCGGAGAUUCCGAAGAAGAAAAUGGUCGACGAAGACAAGAUUCAAAAGCACGACUCCCUCGAUCGCCUCCUUCUCGUUCAAUCCGAUCUUUCCUCUCUCCUCCGCCAGAUUGAUGAACUUGUUGCGGAAGCUUUUAAGCUUAAGGCAACAAGCGGAAAUGGGAGAAAAGAAAUCGAAUCUUUCACGAAUGUCUUGUCCGAGAUGCUUUCCUCUUUAAAGCGGUGGGUUCCCAGAUUUCAAAAGGUGCUUUCGAGUCCUUCUGCUGGGGACUACAAAGAUCAGCCUGGACAACGUUUGGAAAGUGAAACUGUUCCUUUUGUAAAUGUAAAUGAAAAGGAAUGCUUUGAUGUUGGGAGUCCAGAAGAAACCACAUUGGACUCGUUAAUAUCUCCUUCUCCCCUUGUUUCUUGGCGUGUUGCUGACUGCAAUGUUGAGGGAGGUAGACAGCUGUUUCUGCUUACACCUCUUCCUAUGUCAAAAGCUUUGUCUUCCAAGAGGCGUGAUUCGUCUAAAUCAGUAUUUGAAAGGAUUGCUUCCAAAUCUACUGUUGAGCUGCCAUCUUUUCUCAACAUUCCUAGGGAUGAAAAUGACGAUUUGCUUGAAGGUGUUGCCGUAAAGCCAACGCCGAUUAAGCCUUCUGAUCCUUUUGUGGCUGAAACAGAGAAGACAUUGAAGUGUGGGUUUGUUUCUUCACCAGUGUUAUCAAGAAGAAACCAUUCUAUGCUUGUCAUGACUCCAUGCUUAAAAAUGUCGCCUCCUAAAUCUUGUGUGCUGCUUGAACCGAUUCAUAAGUCCUCGCAUAGAGGCGACUAUGGAGUGCGCAAGUCUACCCCGUUUCCUGUUGGAAUUAGCAACAGUGCUUUUUCUGAAUCCUCUGGCAGUGAAGCUACUGCGGAUCUGACUUUGAAGUAUCCAGAACUACUGGGCAUAAAACAAACUUACAAAUCAGAAAUUGGGAAGAAAGAGCUGGAAUCCUCACCAACGUGGUUGUUCUCACCUCCUAAAAGUUGCAUCUUGUUGGAGCCACCAGAUGAGAAAUCCAUGGACAAUGUUGCCUCUGAUCACCACUUGCAUAUCCCAUGUGCUUUAAAUCAACAAACGGAAUUGCCUUUGACAAAAGGAAAUGAUGUUACAGAUGGUGUCCAGCAAAACAAAGCGUUUAACGAAGAAAAUACUUGCAACAACUUGGCACUCGUACAAAGUACUCCAAUGUGGAAAGAACCUGAGAGCACAAUGCAGGCAGGCAAACGUCCUGGUGAGAGUACUCUGAAGAAAGAGUUAUGGACAAAGUUUGAAGCAGUGUCAACUUUUGGACUUCGUUAUAAUGCCUCUGCAGUUCAAAGGACUGCUAGGAAGGGAUUUCUUGACAUGCUGGAUGAGGUCUCAUGCGAUGAUGAAAAUCCAAUACCAGAUGGUUUGAGAUGACAUACACCUCUUCAUAUCUGAAAACAGCUCAAUGCUGAUUUGUAACUGGUGGUGUUUGCUGAUAUUUGUCCGUAAAUUUCUUGGGAGUGUUUUUUUGGUUUUUACCACAUAAUUACCACCUACAAUACAUGUGUAUUGUGCCUGUUCAAUGUUAAUAGUAUCCAUUUUAUAAUAUAACAGCGAGAGCAGCUCUAGAAGCAUCAUGCAUAUAUAUAAACUUCUACUCUUUCU